UCGAGAGCGGGUGACGAUGGCGGACCCAGUAGAGCAGAAGAAGAAAAGGACCUUUAGGAAAUUCACCUAUCGAGGUGUGGAUCUGGACCAGCUCCUUGAUAUGUCCUAUGAACAGUUGAUGCAAUUGUAUUGUGCUCGACAGCGGAGGCGUGUGAACAGGGGUCUGCGCCGUAAGCAGCAAUCCCUCCUGAAGAGGCUGCGCAAGGCCAAAAAGGAAGCUCCGCCUAUGGAGAAACCCGAAGUCGUUAAGACACAUCUUCGUGACAUGGUUAUCCUUCCAGAGAUGGUUGGCAGCAUGGUCAUGAAACUCAAUGAAGGACAUAGAAGAGUAUACCAGGCAGACCUAAAAAUGAAGGCUACUCUGGUGAAACUAGGAUGGCAUGAAUAA